CACCAGCUCUUCUUCGCUUCAUGAAUGAACAACAGCAAGCAGGUAUGCAUACCAGGCAAGGGGUCGCUACCGGUUAUUGUUGAUACGAUAGUCAGUUGAUGGGAGGAUUAGUAGGCGUUACGAAGAAGGUUUUAUGAAGCAUAUAGAUAGUAAUUUUUCGGAUAGGUUGCUUGUGGAAAGUAUAGAUAAGGUAAGACUCGUUGAGCAAAGAUUAUUAGACUCGGGAUGUUUUAGACACGGAUUGACAUUUAUCGCUCGUUGAUCUCUUGGGGUUUCUGAUGUGCUAGUUGCUUUUCGAUGGUCUGCUCAUCUUCGGGUUAUGGGUCUUUCCUUGGUUGGUUAAACAUAAGUGGUAAUUGAGCUACAGCACACUUUCACCAUGGUGCACUGUCUUAAGUUUGUUAGUUUCUUGGACGGUUUCGUUACUCUUUUCACCUUUGGUAAUGUAAGUCAGUCUUUGUUUGCAGUCGUUAAGGGAGGAUGUGAGGACGUUGAAGGCCUAUGGGAGCAUUUUCAGGGAAGGAGACCAAGUCAAGUGUCCAGUUUCGUUCACGGUUAACUUAGUCACUGUGAUUAACGACUGCCAGGGAGGAUGGUUGUUGUAUGACAGAUAACUAAGUAAGGAGAGUUACUAAGUUGAAGUGGCAGUCGUUAUCGCAAACCGUGAAACUCAAACUGUGGCCUUGACACGAGAGGAAGAGAGUAUCGUUUGUCGACUCUCAAACAGGUCUGAAAGAUGCUUGGACAUGUACUAAUGAUCACUGAAAGACAAUGAGCCUGUUGAGCUCC